AUGGAUAAAAACGACGAAAAUAUAGGUAGCGAAAAUGACAAAAACGAUAUAAUUGAUGUUACAGUUAAUUUUAAACCAAAUUAUUAUAUGAAGUUAUCUCAAAAUAUUAAACUUAAUGAAGUUCGCACAAUCUUAGAAAAUGAAUUUAAUAUGGGAUCAAAUUGCCGUUUUCUAUACUUUUCAAAAAACAAAUCAGAGAUUAGACUAGGAUGUGAAACUAUAUUAGAUCUUUUAGAUAUCACUGAAAAAAAAGAUAAUGGUCAUAAUUUAUUUAUUACUCAAAAUGAUGAUGAAUUUGAUUUGACCCAAUUAUGUUCUGAAAAAGGAUUCAGGAUUAAUAAGAAUGGUUCUGUAACAAGUGCAUCCGAUCAGGCAUUCGAAAUUAAUUACAAAAAGGUUAAAAUAAAGAAAAUAACCAAGAAACGUAAAGAAGAAUGUGAAUGUAAACACGAAACAACCACAGAAUGUAAACGAUCUUUUAUAUUUGAUGCAAAACUUUCAGCAGCUUUUUCAGAAUGGGUAAUAAGAGGAGUAAUAAAUUUACCUAUUUUAGAAAAAAAUAUUAUUGCAGCUAAAAAUUUUAUUGAAGAUGUUGAAAAGAUUGUGAAUGAUGAUACAACUAAUGAUAAAAUAAGCGUGGUCAUAAUAAGGAAUGAAGAAUAUACUAAAAAUUCAG